AUGGCAUUCGACUUUGAUUUUCGACUGGAACUGAGUGUACUGGAUUUGCUUUUGUCUGGCACGACUUUGGGCGCGGUCCUACAACCUGUAGACGACAACAACAACGCUCAAGAUCACAAUCAAAUAGCUGGUGACGGAAAUGAAGAUGAAGGACGCGAGUCUCCAAGUGCUCGGUCGAGCAGUUGCAACGACGACGAUGAAGAGCCUGGCAAUGACAACGAGCGUGGCGAGGACGACGAUGAAGAGCCAGGCAACGACGACCAAGCAGAGGGCGGAAGCGACGACGAUGACGAAGAAGACGAGUCUCGAUCGAACAGUAGUGGCAACGACGAGAGUGGGAAAGACGACGAGAGCCACAACGACGACGGACAAGAGCCAAUCGAUGACAACGGCGCAGAGGGCGGAAACGACGACGACGACGAAGAAGAAGAAGAUGAUGAAGAAGUAGACGAGUCUCGGUCGAACAGCGGCAACGACGAGCGUGGCAACGACGACGAUGAAGAGCCCGGCAACGAUGACCACUACGCAGGGGGCAGAAACGAGCAUCACUGGCUCCUUUGUCCCAUUUCGCUAUCUCUCCCACAAUUUCCUGUCAAGGCAGACGAUGGCCGUGUCUACGAAAAACAUGUCAUCGAACAAUAUUUUGAGAACUGUAGAGCAGCUGGUCACGGAACAAUUCGGUCUCCCGUCACGACCGAGCGAAUGAGCGAUCGCCUCGAAUACUGCAAGGAACGCUACUAUCUAAUUGUCAAGCUCAUUUUCAAUGGCACCCUCGACAGGAACGACGAGAUGGUCAAGGCAUGGAGAAACAAUCAUUUCUUUUGGAAAGCUGGUCUAGUAUCUCGGGCCAAGAAAGGCGACGUGGGCGCCAUGCUAGAGCUAGUCAACUUUUCCUUUGACUGCCACAAAGAUGCAUGUUCAGGUUUAGGAUGGCUAGAAAAGGCACAUAGCGCUGGCUGUCUCUAUGCAUCAGAGAAACUCGGAGCACGGCUUCUUACCGGUAUUGGCCUUGGCAUUUUCAAAUUCGAAAAGGAGAAAAACCACAAAAGAGCCUUUGAAGUGAAUUGUGCUGCUGCGGAAGCAGGGUCAGUCACCGCGGCGUACUAUUUAGGAUUUCAGUACAUGAUGGGACUGGGCACUCCCCGAAGCAAAUACAUGGCGAUCUUUUGGCUGGAGAAGGCUUUGACACGUGGAGAAGACCUUCCCGAGGAUCAAUACGUUGGCUGGACUAACGAGCUGGACGACGAAACCAAGUUUCAGAUCCUUGGUGAUCUACGCAAGCUGCGUGAGUAG